AUGUGACUGUGACCACAGGCCGCCGAAAGUGUGUCAGUCAAUGUUAACAUUAUUUCUCAAUAUUUAAUUAUUUCCUAGUGAAACGGUGAAUUUGGCGGCCUGUACGUUCGUCCGGGAAACUAUAAGUUAUAAACUACACAUUUUUACUGACAUAAGCUGUUCAGCAGCUCUCAGCAAAAAUGAAGCUCUGGGGCGCCCACGGAGAGUUCUGCGCUCGCCACCAAUGGGAGGUGAUCGUCGCCACCCUGGCCUUACUGGCCUGCGCGGCCAGCGUCGAGAGGCAUGGCCCUGGGGCCAGGAGCGAGCGCUGCGCCGGCUGGGCCCGCGCCUGCCCCGGCCUAGAAGCAGAAUACCAAGCGGCAGACGCCGUUAUCAUGACCUUCGUGCGAUGCGCAGCCUUACUAUACGCCUAUUAUCAGAUCUCCAAUCUACACACCAUAGCUUCUAAGUACCUACUCAUCAUAGCCGGCGUGUUUUCUACGUUCGCCAGCUUUAUUUUCACUUCGGCGCUUGCUAGCAUGUUUUUUAGCGAACUAGCCGGUAUAAAAGACGCGCCAUUCCUGUUCCUGCUAGUCGCAGAUGUCGCUAGGGGCGCGAGGAUGGCUAAAGCCGGCUGGUGUGCCGGUGAGGACCAGGGAAAAAGAGUGGGGAAAGCAUUAUCGCUGCUAGGACCGACUGCUACUCUAGACACUUUGCUAGCGACUCUUCUAGUUGGAGUUGGGGCGUUAUCAGGCGUUCCAAGAUUAGAACAUAUGUGCACCUUCGCCUGUUUAGCUUUGCUAGUUGACUAUCUGGUGUUCGUGACCUUCUACCCUGCCUGCUUAUCCUUAGUCGCUGAUUUCGCGGCCAGCCGCGGCACAAUUUCAUCGGAUGGAGAUUUCUCAGAAACUGAUUUAAAACCUAACCCUGUAGUCCAGAAAGUUAAAAUGAUCAUGGCCGCUGGGUUGCUCUGCGUGCAUUUAACUAGCCGUUGGACCCUCACAGCUAAUAACGGGAAUAUGGAAGGACCUUUAAACGAAAACUCCACUCCGAUCUCUCAGGACAACGUGUUGCUACACUCUUACGUCAAAUGGUUCUCAGUGAGUGCCGAUUACAUAGUUAUAGCGACACUGCUCUGCGCUCUGAUCAUUAAGUUCAUAUUCUUUGAAGAGCAGAGAAGUUGGAUUAUUGAUAUGAACGAUAUGGUAGUGAAGGAACUUGUAGCAAAAGAGGAAACGCAGAAAACUAACAAGAAACCGAUGUUCUCCGUCGGCGAUGACGCUAUGGCUGAGGCGUCCACGCAAACCGAUAAUAUAAUUAGCGCAGAAGAAUCUGAAUGGCCUACGUUAUCCCCUAGUUCUUCAGCAAAUAAACUUAACGCCAAAAAGCGACCGAUGGCAGAAUGCCUAGAAAUUUACAGAUCUGAAGGCGCGUGCACGUCUCUCAGCGACGAAGAGGUAGUCAUGCUGGUCGAACAAUCACAUAUUCCUUUGCACAGACUUGAAGCAGUUCUUGGAGAUCCUUUAAGAGGCGUGAGACUGCGUCGUAGAGUCGUUGGAAGUCGGUUCCAAACUGACGCAGCUAUAAAACAACUGCCAUAUCUGAAUUACGAUUACAGCAAAGUCCUGAACGCUUGCUGCGAAAAUGUGAUAGGAUUUGUGGGUGUGCCAGUUGGUUACGCUGGGCCUUUGGUAGUCGAUGGAAAACCUUAUAUGAUUCCGAUGGCGACUACGGAAGGGGCUUUAGUCGCUUCGACCAACAGAGGCGCGAAAGCCAUAGGAGCUAGAGGAGUCACAAGCGUGGUCGAAGAUGUUGGGAUGACCAGAGCGCCUGCUGUGAGAUUCCCGAAUGUCGUCCGGGCUCACGAAUGUAGGCAAUGGAUCGACAAUAAAGAAAACUAUGCAUUGGUCAAAGAAGCUUUUGAUUCUACCUCUCGUUUUGCAAGACUCCAAGAAGUCCAUAUAGGAGUCGACGGUGCCACGCUCUACUUAAGAUUCAGAGCGACCACAGGAGACGCUAUGGGAAUGAACAUGGUCUCAAAAGGCGCUGAAAACGCUUUAAAAGUGCUUAAAUCUUUCUUCACUGACAUGGAAGUUAUCAGCUUAUCUGGAAACUAUUGUUCUGAUAAAAAAGCUGCGGCUAUCAACUGGGUUAAAGGCAGAGGGAAACGCGUUGUAUGCGAAACUACUAUAUCUGCUGAGAAUUUAAGGACGAUAUUCAAAACUGACGCUAGAACUCUUUCUAGAUGUAACAAGAUCAAGAAUCUAUCUGGGUCCGCUUUGGCUGGGUCCAUAGGAGGUAAUAACGCUCACGCAGCCAACAUGGUGACAGCCAUAUUUAUCGCCACUGGGCAAGAUCCAGCGCAGAAUGUAACAAGCAGCCAAUGUUCUACAAGCAUGGAAGUAUGUGGGGAGAAUAGCGAUGACUUGUACGUAACGUGUACUAUGCCUUGUCUGGAAGUUGGCACAGUAGGGGGAGGCACAGUAUUGACAGGACAGGGCGCUUGCCUUGAAAUUCUAGGCGUCAAAGGGGCUGGGAUAGUCCCUGCCGAGAAUUCUGCAAGACUUGCAUCUUUGAUUUGCGCUACUGUUUUGGCAGGCGAACUAAGCCUUAUGGCAGCUCUUGUGAACUCCGAUCUGGUCAAGUCUCAUAUGAGGCACAAUCGGUCCACUCUCAACGUCCAAACCAUCACAAACGAAGUCACCAUGUCGAACAACCUUAGAGUGCCGCGGUUAUAACAUGCAUGUUACUUAGUUGUAAGCAUUGAGAAAUAUAAGUAAAGAAAGAGUGGCCACUCCAUACAUCAGUUUUAUCAAAACGCGCGUUAUUUUAUUUAAUUUAUUUGACGACUGGUCUGGCCUAGUGGGUAGUGACCCUGCCUGCGAAGCCGAUGGUCCUGGGUUCGAAUCCCAGUAAGGGCAUUUAUUUGUAUGAUGAUACAGAUAUUUGUUCCUGAGUCAUGGGUAUUUUCUAUGUAUUUACGUAUUUGUAUAUUAUAUAUAUAUCGUUGUCUGAGUACCCACAACACAAGCCUUCUUGAGCUUACUGUGGGACUUAGUCAAUCUGUGUAAGAAUGUCCUAUAAUAUUUAUUUAUUUAUUUCGUAGUGGACAUCUAGCGUCAAGUAGCGGAAUUUAUCAGUACUGCUAGUUGACGAUAGAUGUCGUGACGAACGAGAACUCUAAUGCUAAACAAUUUUCAGCUAAUAUUAUUACCGGAACUCUAUUUUCAACCCCUUCUGCUUAUAAUGUUAGUUGUAAAUUGUUUUAGCAGUACAUUUUAAGUCAGUAGCGACACUUGUGACAUCUAGUGUCGAGUAGCGGUACUGAACUACUUGACGCUAGAUGUCGACUACGAAAUAACCCGCGCAAGAAAACUGAUGCAUGGAGUUACCACUCUCUCUUUACUUCUAUUUCUCUAUGGUUGUAAGGCAAUUUUACUCGAAUUAUCGGCGGAUAUUUUUGUACGUUUUUUAAGUGUAUUCUUAAGUAUUAAUAUUAAUAUUCAUUAUUUUAAAUUAAUUUGUGACGCUGGUUGGCUUCCAUAUUGUAUUUUCAGCGUGUGUAGCUUUAUGACACUGCCGUGAAUCUUCGACAUGUUUGUUAUGUUUGAUUAUUACAUGAUUAUGACAUUGAA